GGCUCAGAGCAGGCUCAGGCAGGAGAGCAGCAGGAUGAGGCUGUUUGUCUUUCUAGCUGUGCUUUACAGCGGAGCAAGCAGCAGCAUUGUGCUGCAGAAAAUGUACGGGAGGAUCACGUCCCCCAACUUCCCAAAUGUCUACCCAAAUCACAAGGAGAGAAUCUGGAAUAUUACUGUUCCCAAGGGGUAUUCUGUCCGCAUCUACUUCACCCAUUUCAACGUGGAGCUGUCCUACCUGUGUGAAUAUGAUUAUGUGAAGCUGAGCUCUGGUGGGAGGACCUUGGCCACGCUGUGUGGGAAGGAUAGCACAGACACUGAGGAGGCUCCGGGCAACAAGACCUACAACUCCGUUGACAACAACCUCAUGGUAGUGUUUCGGUCUGACUACUCCAAUGAGAAACCGUUCACAGGCUUCGAGGCCUUUUAUGCUGCUGAAGAUAUCAAUGAGUGCCAAGAGCUGUCUGAUGGUGAACCCCUCUGCAAUCAUCACUGCCACAACUAUGUGGGGGGCUACUAUUGCAGUUGUCGGGUUGGCUACACACUGCAUGAAAACAAGAGGACAUGCACAGCAUGAGAUAAUUAAAGCUUCUCCUCGCUUAGGCAGAGAUGGAGACAGAUGUGCUGGGAAGAGCUGGUUUGCCCUCCCUCCUGACCUGCCUGUUGCAGUCUGCCCAAGGGCUGCAGGCUUCUCUUGCUGGUGACUUGUAUGUCUUGGUUCCUUGCCUUUCAGACCUGCCUCCUGCAGACAAUAAAGAGGCUGUUCCUUG